AUGUGGAUGACAAAUAAGCUCGCCACUACAGUUUCGAUUACAUUCUUCUCUCUGGUGAUUGUGCGGUAUUUGAUAGUGAACAGCCCAACUUCAGGGAUAUCUCAGUAUCAAAUCCUCCACACAAACCCCCUCGAAUGGUUCAACAGCCCAGUGGCUGCACAAGAAACCACUCCAGAAGCAGCAGCAGCAAAUGCUUCAACUUCAAAUAGCUUGGAUUUUGGGAACAUCUCUCCUGAAGUGUUUCAGUGGCUAGACACAUGGAAUCAGAUGAAGCAACUAACCAACAUCACCAAUGGCCUUCCUCAUGCAAGCGAGGCGAUCAACGAUGGGAGAACUGCAUGGGAAAACUUGACAACAUCAGUUCACAAUGCAAAAUCCCAGCACAGAGAAAAAGAGAGGCUCUGCCCAUACUCAAUUCGCAGAAUGGACGCUUCCAAGUUGGAGACCGAUUCUUUCACCAUUGAAGUACCUUGUGGGCUGAUUGUAGGUUCUUCGAUCACUCUUAUAGGCACUCCUGGAGUCCUCUCUGGUAACUUUUGGAUUGAUCUUGUCGGGACAGCACUUCCAGGGGAAUCUGAAAAUCCUAUUGUACUGCAGUACAAUGUCCAUUUAAAUGGUGAUAAAAUUACUAAAGAUCCAGUCAUAGUGCAGAAUACCUUCACUGGGAACAAUGGCUGGGGAGUUGAGGAACGCUGCCCCAGCACUAACUCUCACAAUGCAACUGAAGUGGACGACUUGAAGAGAUGUAAUGCAAUGGUGGGCAGAGAAGACAGGGACAUAAUGAACUCAAAACAUCAUGCAGCUGCCAAGAAACAUAGAGAACCAAGCACAUAUUUUCCAUUUAAACAGGGAUACCUUGCUAUUGCAACCCUCCGUGUAGGAUCGGAGGGGAUCCAUAUGACAGUAGAUGGAAAACACAUCACUUCAUUUGCAUAUAGAGCGGGGUUGGAACCUUGGUUUAUUACUGAAGUGAUAAUUUCUGGUGAUUUUAAACUUGUAAGUGCGAUUGCAAGCGGCUUGCCCACAUCAGAAGACUUGGAGAACUCUAAUGUUGAAAUGCUGAAGUCACCACCUAUUCCAGAUGGCAAAGAUGUCGACCUUCUGAUUGGCAUCUUUUCAACAGCAAACAACUUCAAGCGUAGGAUGGCAAUUAGAAGAACAUGGAUGCAAUAUGAUGCAGUGCGCCAAGGAGCAGUAGCAGUACGUUUUUUUGUUGGCCUGCAUACAAACCUCAUGGUAAACGAGGAACUCUGGAAUGAGGCACGCACAUAUGGUGACAUCCAGGUGUUGCCCUUUGUUGAUUACUACAGCCUGAUAACAUGGAAGACACUAGCAAUAUGCAUCUAUGGGACCACUGCUGUAUCAGCCAAGUAUGUGAUGAAAACAGAUGACGAUGCUUUUGUCCGUGUAGAUGAGAUCCAAUCCACAAUAAAGCAGCUUAAUGUUAGCAACGGGCUACUUUAUGGUCGCAUAAAUUCUUACUCAGGUCCCCACAGAAAUCCUGAAAGCAAAUGGUACAUAAGCCAAAAGGAAUGGCCUGAAGAGAAAUACCCACCUUGGGCUCAUGGACCAGGAUAUGUGGUCUCCCAAGACAUUGCAAGGAAAAUCAACACUUGGUAUAAAGCAAGACAUUUAAAGAUGUUCAAACUAGAAGACGUAGCAAUGGGCAUAUGGGUCAAUGAUCUGAAGAAGGAUGGAUUACCAGUCAGAUAUGAAACAGACACAAGAAUUAACGCUGAAGGCUGCAAUGAUGGGUACAUUGUUGCUCACUACCAAGAACCAAGAGAUAUGCUGUGCCUGUGGGAGAAGCUCCUAAGGACACAUCGAGCAGGAUGCUGCAAUACUGACUAAUAGAGAAGGAAUUUUGAUGCUUUGGUCUGAUCUACUUAUCAGGUCACUCACUAUUUUUUUAAUGACGACAAAGAAGUCUUAACAUCCUCCUCAUUUUCUGGUGUCCAACACUAUUGUAAAUUAUGAAUUCAGUGAAUUACACAGAUGAAGCUAGUUCGCCUCAUCUCAGCUUACCCUCGUUCCAGAGCAUCUUUUUUAGGGUGCUAAAAAUUGGGAGAAUUUCAAUUGUUCUA